AUGGGCUGGCGCCAUUACCAGAACUACCCGCCACCUGCACUGCCGGCUGUGUGGCAGCUGGGCGCGGCCUUUGAACUCGCGCGCAAGGCAGAGUCUGGCGAAGACCAGCCUGACCUGGGGCACAGCUACCUCUAUGAUCCAGCGAGGCCCACUCCGGCUGCAGGAGGGCCAUCCUUCAACCCAAUGAAUGCCGGAGCUCGAGAUCAGGCAAAGAUUGAGGCCGGUGGUGUUGUGGUGAUGUUCUGCUCUGGGAAAGCUCAUGCACCACCCCCAGAGGCACGAUCGGACGUGUUGGUCUACACGAGCGAUGCACUGCAGUCGCCACUCCUCAUCGCUGGUCCGAUCCACCUGAAGCUGGAG